AUGCGAACCGCCCCGAAUGUGAUUAUCACCGGCACCCCCGGAGUGGGCAAGACCGUGCACUGCGAGCAGCUGGCGCAGGAGAUCGGGCUUAAGCACCUGUCCGUGAACCAGAUCGCCAAGGACCGCGAUUGCUAUGAGGAAUACGACGAGGAGCGCAAAAGCUGGGUCGUUGAUGAUGACAAGCUGCUAGAUGCCAUUGAAGAUGAAGUGCUUCAGGGUGGAUAUCUCAUUGACUGGCACGCUUGCGACAUGUUCCCCAAGUCCUGGAUCGAUCUCGUCGUGGUCCUUCGCUGUCCCGAGACAUCAGUCCUCUACGACCGUCUUUCCUCGAGGGGUUAUCACGAAGAAAAACUACAAGAGAACCUCGACGCCGAGAUCUUCGGAGUCCUGCUCGAAGAAGCGCGUGAAUCAUACGACGAGGAGAUCGUGGUGGAGCUGAACAGCGAAAAGGACGACGACGUCGACGCCAACUGCAUGCGGAUCUCACAAUGGGUGGAGAAUUGGAAGCAACAACAUGCGAAUUGA